AUGCACCCAGAAAGCAACAGGGAAAGUCAAAUUUCAGGGAAUGGAGCUGAAAGGAGAUGGUGCCAACCUUGCAUUGAACAGCAAACAGCUGUGGAUAUAGCUGUUGGAGAACUCUUGUUCUCUUGCUUUAGCUGUUUGCUCAGUGGAUCUGAAGAUCAAGCCUCCAAUGCAGUCAGUUGCUUCAGGGUGUUCAACCACGAUGCCUGGCCUGAAAAUCAAAUCCAGCUGCUGAACUACAGCAUUGAAGAGGUUGAUGUCCUCCUCAAGCAUUUUGGUGACAUCCUUAAAAAAGGAGGAUGCAACGCUAACAAAGUGCAGGAGGAGUGGCAGAAUCUGAAGGUCCUUGUUACCAGCACCUUCAGCGACAAGAACUACCUAGCUCUGUGGCAGACUCUUCUGACAAAAGAGCCAUACAAACAUGACUUUGAGAACAUCCUGCACUUGGUUGCAAUCAUGCUGCUGCUUCCAAUCUCCUCUGCCCAGUGUGAGAGAGGUUUCUCCGCCCGGAAUAGAAUUAAAAAUUCUGUCCGGAGCAGUCUUCAUGUCUCCACCACAGAAGAUCUCAUGCGGAUCAGCACUGAGGGAGGUCCAUUGGAAACAUUCGACCCAACAAAUUCUGCAAUCCAUUGGCUUUCCUCAUCUAAACGUUCCAGGCGGCCAAACUAUAAGGAGUGGCCAGAGUUUGUGUCUCAAGUUUAAGAACAAGAUCUCAUUCAGAUCAGCACAGACUGAUGUGCAUUGGAAACA